AUGAAUGACAACCUAUUUGUCAGUUUGGACAAACUUUUGCUAGAAUUUGUUUUUCAGUAUGAACAAGACAUAAGUACUAAAGAAGAUGUGAUUCAAAGAAUUAAUAAAUGCUUUGAAGAUAUUAAACAAAACAAAGCAACUAUUUGUAAGAUACAUGAGAUUAUAAAUACAACAGAUGAGGAAAUUGGUCAUUACUGUAAACAUAGUAAGGAGAUAAAAGACAACUGUAAUAACUGGAAGCCAACAUGUGAUGUUUUUCAUAAACAUGAAGAUUAUAUGCAGGAACAAUUUACUGUUUAUCAAGAAACUAUUGAAAAAGACAAAAAAAUGUAUGAUGGUUAUAUAUAUCAGUAUAAAGAUGUUUUGAAGCAAUACCAACUAAAAUACUCAGAAACACCCUUUUCACAUGAGUACUAUGAGAAGAAAAGAGAACAUGAAGAAAUUCAAAACAGAGUGUUGGAAUGUACUGAACAACUAAAAAUGAAAGAAAAUAUUUUUAUGAAAUUUCUAGUGCCUGCUCCCUUUCCAUCACUUACUAAAUGGACAUUACACAUGGUUAAUUUGAGAUGUAAAACACAAGAUAUUCUUAAACAUAUCAACAAUUUUACCAAAAGUUCAUCUGAAUUGAAAAAAGAAGUAGAUGAAGUGGAAGUAGAGAUUAAUUAUUUAAACCAGCAGAUUGCAAGACUUUAUGAAACUAAGAAUCUUUCAGAAACUCUGGAAGAAAAGAACAUAAAUACAGAAAAGAGAAGGGAAUUGAACGAAAAAGAAAGAAUUUUUGAAAAAGACGAACAUGUGCUUGUGUUCAGUAAAACCCCUCAAAGCAGCCAAUUAUUUCUUUCUUACGAAUCUCAGAAAUUAAAGAUGCAGUCUUCAGAACCAAGAGUUACAGAUAAAAAAGAAGAAAGUUCUGUGAAGCAGUCAAAGCUUGCCAAUAUAGACUUCAGACAAAAAGAUGAUACACAGGUAUUUAAUGACUCUGCUGUGAAUAAGCAUUCAAAAUAUUCACAUGUUAUGGCUAUUAAAAGUUCACAAAAUUUUAUGCAAUUCAGAUUGUUGACCCCACAGAAACAAUCAAAUUGCAAACAGUGGUUUGAAAAAGGAGAUACAGAUGCUGAGUGUGGAGAUAAAGGGACAGUAACACAACUGAGAGAAUCGAAAUGUACUUCACAAGCUGUAUACACAGAACAUUUUGGGAAGCCAAUAGAAAAUAAUGGUGAUGAAGUAGAAGAAAGACCUGAGAAUUUUCCACAAACUCCUGAAACUCCUAUAUUUUUAAGAACUACUGAAGCUGAGAAAACACCUGAAUCUGUGGAGAAAAUACAGCUCCCUAAAACCCCCUUGUUUGAAAUUAACAGAAAUAAAAAUGCAGUACCUGAAGGACAAACACAAAAGGAAUCACCUGGAUUUUCUUUUCUUAUGAGUUAUGCUUCUAGGUCACCUGGAUUAAAUUUAUUUGAUUCUUCAGUUUUUGAUUCAGAAGUCCCAUCAGAUCAGUUCAAUGAACGUUAUUCUGCAGGAAAUAUAAAUCCUCUCUCAUCACAACAAGAAAUUGGAAACUUAUUUGGGAAACCAGAAGGAGAAGAUGCCUUUACGUUUUCUUUUCCAUCAGAGGCUUCAACUCAUGCAUUUGGAGCUGGAAAAGAUGAUUUUAGUUUUCCAUUUUCAUUUGAACAGGAUCAAAAUUCAAUACCUUCUUCUUUAAAGGGUUUUUCAUCUUCCUCACAAAAGACAACACAAUUUACUUUUUUUUGA